CAAUAUUACUGAGACACCUUCAAAUCUAAUAACAGGACUGAACACAUGGACAGCAAGUUGUCUUUAAUAUGCACACCGUAAUUCUGGGCUCCUGGAGAGAGAGUUUUGGACAAGGCCUUGAGAAAAGACAGGCUUCCAGUGGUGGACAUUGAGGUACCUACAUACGAGCUACCAUUACCAGAGGGUGUGGGUGAGGAAAUACUUCACCAAGACAACCUGAGCGCCCGUCAGAUUGAGGAGACGUGGAGAGAACCACUACUCGAGAUGACCUCUGGGAGUGGAUAGCGGACCAUCUAGCAGCCGAUUGGACGACUGUCACUCAACUCAGGAUGGAGGAGAGUAAGAGAGAUCCAUCAGAGGAACCAUUUCGCUCCCUCUACACCGCCAGGGAGUUGCUGUCAGGUAUGAGGGCUAAACUGGAUGCCUGUCCUCUCAAAGAGCUCGAGGAUUUCACUAUUUUCUCGUGUUUUGUUGGACUGGAAAUGGUCCUACCCCCCACAUAGUAUCACAUGUUGAGCAGUCACGAGGUGGACACGUACGGUAGUAACGAGCACCACUUCAGUCUGGCCCACAAGACUGCCCUCCAUGGCCGCCUGCCCAUCAUAUAGUUCCUAGUGGAGAGUGGACUGCCCUCCUCCGCACUGCAGAUACCAGAUGACUCAUUCACCACACCCGCCAUGCUCGCUAUACAGCUGCUCAUGGACUUUGGCUACAGCAUGGUCCACACGGACAGGGAUAACCAGAAGCCGGUGGAUUGGGCUGAUGCUAUGGGUCAGAAUAUCUGUGUCCACUAUCUCAUGAUGUACGAGACUUGUUGGGCACUCUCCGGAGAACUGACACACAUGGCCGAGCAGCUCGCUAUUGUACAGAAGGAGAAUGGACAGUUACGAGAUGCAUUCUCCAGUCUAGAGAAAGAGCCUGAAUCUGCCAUUACUAAACUGCUGACUAGUCACGAGGAGAGACUGACUAAGAUGAGGGAACAUCACGUCGACCUCAUGGCAUCAAUACUGCACAUGAACCAGGACACUCCGCCCACUGGAGGGGGAGGGGCUACUGCACCAUCAGCCAAUAAGAAGGGUCAAGUGCCUGUGCGGAAGGCGCCCCCUGAACCACCCACUACCCCUCAACGAUCCUCCAAUCGUCCCCCUGUACCCCCGGAUCCUGCCGCUAAGAAGAGGUCGCAAGGGUCAAAGGACAGAGGUCAUGAGGCGGCAGAUAAAGGGGAGGACUAUAAUACCAUUGACUAUCGAACAGCCACCCCCCAAGAAGUGUUAGAGAAGCAGAUGACGUGAGUAGCUCAGCGUAUGAAUGCUAAUGGAGAGGCUCGUCAACGUGGUGGUGGUAUGACCCGAACCUUCUCCCCCCUCACUCCUAUCAUACAGCGCCUCUACAGCAAGUCAGAUGAGGCUGAUAGCAAGAGUGAGAGGUCCUCCAGGAGCCAGAGACACACAGAAGACGCUAGGAGAUCGGCUCCGAAAGUCAAGUUCUCUAAAACUAUUACCGAGUUUCCAGACUACAGUCACUAUGACAACCCGACAGAGAUGAAAUCAGUAUCAAGCCCAGGUCAAAGUCCGUCCUAUAGUCACCAUGGCAAGUUGGUUAGGGACUCACUGAGGGUCAAAGGUGAAAGCUCGGAACACAAUUCUAGGAAAUCAUCAGAAAAAUAAUUAUUAUUAGCAUAGCACAAACUGUUCAUUAUUUUUAUUGCUUAUACUCAAGAUUUGUAUGUUACUAAUGAUAGUGUCAUUUGCCAUG